AUGUUUGAUACAUUUGAAGAAAGAUGUCGGUCCAUUAAACCUCCAACAGAGAUGUCCUUUAUAACAGGCGGUGUAACCAUCUUGCUCAUCCUCACUAAUAUUCCUGGAAAUAUUCUCGUCAUCCUGGCCGUUGUUUUGGAUCCAAACAAAAACUUGCGAACUCCUUUCAACUGGUUAGUGGUAAAUUUAGCAGCUGCUGAUAUAAUGGUUGGCAUUAUCGCUCAGCCUCUCGCGGUUUAUUUUCACAUCAAAGAAGGUUUGGAAGACGGAGUUGACGCUGAAGAAUCAAUAGCAAUCUACAUAGUUUACUUCACUUCGUGUACAGCAUCUAUUCUUAGCGUUUCAAGUCUCGCUGUUGAAAGAUAUUUGGCUGUAAGGAAACCAAAUACUUAUCGUACUAAGGUGACUAAUAAACGGAUUUUGCUAACAAUAGCGAUUAUUUGGGUGAUUUCUUUGAGUUUACCUAACAUCAAUCUUAAUGUUGGUUUUUCUACAUACGCAUUCAUAUUUACCAACAGCUCUGUGGUAGUGGGUGUAAUAAUAAUUUGUAGAACAUAUACUCUGGUGAAGCACAAAGUUAGUAUGAGUGAAAUGAGAUCCCAUCAUGGGCGGUGUAGGUCGAUUCUUUUAACUUCAGGAGAAGGAGGAAAUAAACCAUCGCAACACGAAAGCCCUUCAGCUGUCAUCACAGAGACAGAUUACCCAAAUGCUAGAACUCAAAACAGACAUUCGUUCGAACAAAAUGCUCCAUCAACUUCAACAGAAAAAAACUUACCAUCGCAAGUUCGAAGCCCGCUUCCAACUGUCAACACAACCAUAAGUUCCUCGAACGCUAUCACUAGCAGCAGGCAACUGUUGGAAGCCAAG